CAGUCAAAUGCCUUCGGGUUGCCAGGGAACAGAUUUUGAAGCUUUGACUAUCUCGGCGUCUGAUCUAAUAUUCGAUUUGUCGCCAGUUUGAUCACAGCCAUGGUGUACAGAGCAGCUACUUUGCGAGGAUUGGCCAUCGCACAGAUGGUGUUUGGGGCUUUGAUGUUCGUCUUUGGAAUAGCAUCUAUUUUCGCCACUAUAGACUGGACUUCGUACGUUGGUUUUGGCAUCUGGGUUGGCGUUUGGGUUUUUAUCACCGGAAUUUUGGGAUACGUCGGAGCAAGAAAUGAUUUCUACCCAAACAGGUGUUUGAUUGGAUGUUUUAUGGGUUUCUCUAUCACGGGUUGUGUCUACUCAGGUACAAUGUUCAUCUGCUAUAGCAUUACUCUCGCAGUCUACGCUGAAAUGAAGAAAUACUGUGACAGUUAUAAGACUUAUUCUCCAUACCGCUACAAAAGUUACCGUUAUGGUACCAACAAGUACUAUAAUUGCUAUGGGAGCUCUGGCCUCAGAGCUACAGCAGAAAACUUGGCUGGUUUAGGCUCUUGUCUUCUUAUUUUGUCCUUGGUUGAGUUGGUCGUGGCCAUUGCGUCAUCCAUCUAUUGUUGCAAGGCAGUGUGUUGUAACUCAGGAAGAGUUGGGAACACACAAAUGACUUUUGUACAGCCUCAGCAGAGGGCACAGCCUGGUGUGGUUUUAAUGCAGACUGAAGGUGGUGUGGUGCCACAGGGUUACCCAGCAACAAGCCAGCAACCUGUGUAUGUCCUCCAGCAGCCUGCAGUGGUUGCACAGCCUGGAGUGGUUGCACAGCCUGGGAUGGUUGUACAGCCUGGGAUGGUUGCACAGCCUGGGGUGGUUGCACAGCCUGGAAUGGUUACACAGCCAGGAGUGGUUACACAACCUGGGAUGGUUGCACAGCCUGGAGUGGUUACACUGCCUGGGGUAGUUUCACUGACUGGGGUGACCGUUUAGCAACCCAAUUACUGGGCUACAUGAAUCCAUACAUUCACUACAUGAAUCAGCAGCCACAUCUGGAGACUUUUGUAGUGUAAUUAGGGCAUGCUUUAGAAGGUUUGUGUUCGUGAGCUCUUGUAGUGGAAGGGGAAGGAAAUAGGAACCAUGGGAGAGGAGUGGUUGGAGAGGACAAAGGAUAAGAGAAGUCACAGAUAUUGAAGCCCGGUAAAAAACAAGAGAUUCUGUCCCCAACCCACCCCCCCACCCACCUCCGUCUCUUUCCCGAUGUAGGUAAAGCUGUGUCUCCAGAACCGGUAUGCUUAUAUAAUAAACUGAAUUACUGCUGCAUUUAUUUUGAUUGGCUCAUUCUUAUAAUCUUUUGGAGGACAGACAUAGAUGAUGUGACCAAAUACGGGAAGACAGAUGACGUCACAAUGUGGCUGUGCCUCGUUUGCCACUUUUUGGAUCUAACUACAUUAUGACGUCAUCUAUCAUCUCUUACUAAACAGAGAUAUGUCAGCAUGAAAUCUCUUUGUUAAUUCGUAAGGUAUAUUUCAGCUUUAAUGUUUGAGAAGAUACGGGAAGGAAUAAUAUGCCGGAUUUGCCUUUUCUCAGGAAAUGAUGAUUUAGAUGUGACACUGUAUUGUUUAAAUUGAAGAACUGAAUGUGGCUUUUAAUCCUUAAUUGCAGCCUGUGUUUUACAAUUUUAACUAUAGUAGUAAUACUUAUAAUAAGCUAACGUUGUGACUCGAAUGAUUA